AUGCUCCCAGCCCUCGCCCAGACACUACCCCAAGAGACCAUCAGCCGGCUUCCAGGGAGUGGGGAGGAGGCGAUCCAACGGGGGACGGCGGCUGCGACCGAGGGAGCCACAGCCUCAACUCACCAGCUCCCGCGGAUCCAGCUCCUCACGCACUUCAUCGGCCCAGCCGCGCUUAGUGCCAUCUGGAGAGGGAUCCAGGAUCGGUUGACUCCCGGGGUUCAUAUGGCCAACGAGUACGGUCAGGCGAGACUACUCCUCACAUCGAAGAACCUGAAGGGCGAGACACGAC